AUGGUCAAGCUGACUACCCCAGCCCCACAUGGUGCCCCUGAGGGGGCUCCCAUUGGUGCCAGGAUCCCCCUGACCCUCCGAGGCAGCCCCAAGGGAGCCCCCCUGCCCACGGGAGCCUCCCAGCCCCGUGGGCCUCCCCUGAUCCCCAGUGACAACAGCAGAGAGGCCCAGGACUCUGGGGUGGGUCCCAAGAUCCCACAGGUGCUGGACAAGAUCCUGCAGCUUAAGCAGAGCUGCCAGGAGGAGCUGGUGAUGGUCCCGGGGGUCUCAGCUGAGGGUGAGAUGGAGACAGAGCUCCAGGCAUCAGCAUUGGCCUCCAAGACUGAUGACAACACGGGGACAUCCAAAAAGAUGCAGAACCGGAAGCGCUGCAACCACAAGAAGAAGAAGCAGGGGAAGGGAGGGCCCCGGGAGUGGUCCCCAACCCCGACCUGCCCCUGGGGGGACCCCAAGCCCACCCCCGGGGAUGCUCCUGAGGUGGAGAUUGAGUACGUGACUGAGGAGCCUGAGAUCGAUAACCCAAACUUUGUGUUCUUCAGGAGGAUUUUCAAGGCUUUCAAGCUGACAGACAAGGUGAGGAAGGACAAGAAGAAGGAGUCAGAUGGGGCAGAGCAGGCAGAGAGCACCGGGGUGCCCUGUAAAAAGGGACCCAAGGAUGGCACCAGGGGCACUGAUGGGGUCAGCUCUGAGGACGAGCAGGAAAAGAAGCAGGAGGCACCCAAGCUGUCCAAGAAGAAGCUGCAGCGCAUGAAGAGGUUCACAGCGGCUGAGAUAAAACAGCUGGUGGCCCGCCCUGAGCUGGUGGAGAUGCAUGAUGUCACCGCACAGGACCCCAAGCUCCUGGUGCACCUGAAGGCCACACAGAACUUGGUACCGGUGCCGCGGCGCUGGUGCUUCAAGAGGAAAUACCUGCAGGGCAAGAGGGGCACUGAGAAGCCACCCUUCGAGCUGCCCGAGUUCAUCAAGAACAUGGGCAUCCAGGAAAUGCGUGAGGCCCUGCAAGAGAAGGAGGAGCAGAAAACUAUGAAGUCCAAGAUGUGGGAGAAGGUGCGACCCAAGAUAGGCAAACUCAGCAUUGACUACCAGAAACUCCACGAUGCCCUCUACAAGUGGCAGACCAAGCCCAAACUGACCAUCCACGGGGACCUCUACUAUGGGGCGAAGGAGUUUGAGACACGCAUCAAGGAGAAGAAGCCAGGUAUCCUCUCAGAUGAGCUGUGGAUUGCACUGGGCAUGCCCAUGGGGCCGAACGCCCACAAGGUGCCUCCCUCGUGGCUGAUUGCCAUGCAGCGCUAUGGACCGCCCCCCUCGUACCCCAACCUCAAAAUCCUGGGGCUCAACUCCCCCAUCCCCGAGGGCUGCUCUUUUGGGUACCAUGCUGGGGGGUGGGGGAAGCCCCCCAUGGACGAGACGGGAAAGCCAUUCUAUGGGGACGUGUUCGGCACCAACACUACCAAGUUCCAGAUGAAGGAGGAGGAGGAGAUCGACCGCACACCCUGGGGAGAGCUGGAGUCAUCGGAUGAGGAAUCUGAGGAGGAAGAGGAGGAGGAGAGCAACAAAGAGAAACCCAACCAGACAGGGUUCAUCACCCCCACUGACAGUGGGUUGAUUACCCCAGGGGGCUUCUCCUCGGUGCUGGCCGGGAUGGAGACACCGGAUGUGAUUGAGCUCCACAAGAAGAAAAUCGAGGAGGCCAUGGAUGGGAGUGAGACCCACAAAUUGCUUGUUAGCUGCACUUAGAAGAAAUAACAGGCCAGCUUUGGCAAUUUUAGCAGAGUGUGGCCUGAUUUCAUAAGGCCUUUGUUUAUAAUCCUACCUGUCUACAACAUUUACAGAGCCCAAACAGAAAAAUGUGCAUACUACACAGAGUUUACAAUAACUUGGGGGAAAUAUGCUGAUUUCUGCUGAUUAAGCAUCACCUUAUAUGUAUACUACUAGUAUAGAAUUCUAACACCACAAGUGUCACUACAACUUGUAUUUUUUUUGAUAAAAUACUAGUGAGACCAUGUCAUACUAUUUAUGAAUAUACUAGUAUCACUAUCACCUCACAUACAGCUUAUCCAGACCUCUCCCAAGCCCUGAGAAAGACUUAGUGUUUUUAAUGCAUUUAAUAAAUAGCAAGGCAAACAGUUCUUGUCCCUCCACUAUG